AUGGCACCUCGCCAUAUCAAAGCAGCGUCCGCAAACAGCAGUACUCAACGCAACGACAGCAGCAGCAGCAGCAACAGCAGCAGCAGCAGCAACAGCAGCAGCAGUAGCAGCAGCAGCAGCAGCAGCGGCAAGGGGCCAGAUGUGUGCCUGAAGGGGAGAAGGGCCCUUCCUUCGGGUGGUGCAGCAGGCAGCAGCAGCAGCAGCAACGGGCACAGCGAGGAUGGCACCUCGCCAUAUCAAAGCAGCGUCCGCAAACAGCAGUACUCAACGCAACGACAGCAGCAGCAGCAGCAACAGCAGCAGCAGCAACAGCAACAGCAGCAGCAGCAGCAGCAGCAUCAGCAGCGGCAAGGGGCCAGAUGUGUGCCUGAAGGGGAGAAGGGCCCUUCCUUCGGGUGGUGCAGCAGGCGACCGGGCACAAGACCUUCAACUGUUCCGAUGCCAUUCAUACUAGCAGCAGCAGCUCCUGUUGCAGUUGCUGCUGCUGCUGCCCUGGCUGCUGCUGGGCGUGAUGCGCCGCUGCUGGACUCAGAAGAGCAGCAGCAGCAGCAGCAGCAACAGCAGCAGCAGCCACUGCAGCAGCUGCAGCAGCUGAAGAAGCAAGGCCUCCUCCUUAGAGACGGUAGCGGGUUCUACUGCUCGCGGCGGUGCGCCCGCAGCAGCAGCAGCAGCAGCAGCAGCAGCAGCAGCAGCAACAGCAGCAGCACAGAUAUAACCUGUAGCGAUAGUACAGAUGUCACUAUUAGCGAUAGCGACAGCAGCAGUAUUAGUUCAAGCAGCAUCAGCAGCAGCAGCAGCAGCAGCUGCAGCUACGAUGGAGAUGCCGACGAUAGAGUCAGCAGCAGCUGCAGCAGCUGCAGCAGCAGCUGCUGCGGUAACUGCGUGGCAGCAGGUCUUGCUGCGGUGACCCGGGCAGCAGCAGCAGCAGCAGCUGCUGCUGCUGCUGCUUCUGACGGAGUUGGAAGCCGUAUGAACUCAACCAGCAGCAGCAGCAACACGGAACCGCAACAGAUGCAGCAGCAGCAGCAGCAACAGCAGCAGCUGCAGCAGCAGCAGAAGGUGCUUCUGCAUGCAUUUGGUGGCCAAUGGGCUGCAGGGCUACGCUGCGGGUUGGGUAUGGACGUGCAGCUGCUGCUGCAGCAGCAACUGCAGCAGCAGCAGCAGCAGCAACUGCAGCAGCAGGAUGCAGGCGCGUUGCUGCUGCUUCGUUAUGGCCUUUGGACUCGCCUGGACCUGUGGUGGUUGCUUGUGGCUGCUGCGUCUUCUUCGGGUCCGCCGUCACCAGCAGCAGCAACAGCAACAGUAGCAGCAGCAGCAGCAAUAACAGUAGCAGCAGCAGGGGCAGCAGCCGCAACAACAGCAGCAGGAGCAGCAAGGGUAAUAGCAGCAGCAGCAGCAGCAGCAGUAACAGCGCGGCUGGCGACAGCAGCAGCUGCGUUGCUGCAACAACGUUGCAGGGCAUCUGGAUUGGCGUCUGCAGCAGCAGCAACUGUAGCAGCAGCAGCAACUGUAGCAGCAGCAGCAGCAGCAGCAGCAGCAGCAGCAGCCGCAGCAAGGUUGCAAUUAGGUUGGUCUCUAACAUGCGAAUCCCCAGCAGCAGCAACAGCAGCAGCAGCAGCAGAAGCAGCAGCAGCAGCGACGAAUCGAUACGUAGCCUCGAUGAGCUUGUGCCUCUGCCUCCCUGGGCCGCUGACAGCAGCAGCAACAGCAGCAGCAGCAGCAGUAGCAGCAGCAGCAGCAGCAGCAGUAGCAGCAGUAGCAGCAGCAAGGAUGGCACAGCCGCUGCAGCUGCUGCAGCAGCAACGCAGCAGCAGCAGCGCAUGCAGCGUGGAGUGUCAGCGCAGCCCCGCAGUUUUCUGCAGCGAGGCGACUCAUGCUGCUGCUCUGUUUAGCAGCAUGUUUGCUGGCAGACGACGGCAGCAGCAGCAGCAGCAGGAGCAGCAGCAGCGGCAGCUGCAGCAGCGGGAGGAACUGGCGAGGCAGCAGCAUGAGCUGCUGCUGCGUAUACAGGAAGAGCAGCGGCAGCAGCAACUGCAGCAGAGACUAGAAGAAGAGGCGCAGCAGCAGCUGCAGCAAUACCUAGACAGCAAACAGGGGGAGGGUGGUUCUGCUGCUGCACUUGCUGCUGCUGCUGCUGCAGCAGACGUUCCUACUACAGUCAGCAACGAGACGCUUGCUGCUGCAGCAACUGCUGCUGCUGCUGCUACUGCGCGUGCCAACGCCAAGGCAGCUGCAGCAGGCGCUGCUUACGGGGCAACGCAUGCAGCAAGAGCAGCAGCAGCAGCAGCAGCAGCAGCAGCAGCAGCAGCAGCAGCAGCAGCAGCAGAACUGCCUGCAUCGACGAGAGCUGCAGCAAGUGCUGCUGCUGAUGCUGCAGACAGCGACUUCUCAUGGUCAGACCUAGAAAAUACACUGGACGAAACACCAACAGCAGCAGCAGCAGCAGCAGCAGCAGCAGCAGCAGCAGCAACAGCAGUAGCAGCAGCAACAGAUGCAGCGGCAGCAGCAACAGCAAGCACCGGCAGUGAAGCAGCAAGAGUUCAGACAGAAGUAGCAGAGGCCGAAGCUGCUGAGGCAGCAGCAGCAGUGCGAGCAGCAGCAGCAGCUCGAGCAGCAGCAGCAGCUCGAGAAGCAGCAGCAGCAGCAGCAGGCGAUUUGCGGGCAGUAGGGGGUGCAGCAGCAGAUGCAGCUUGUACAUUAAAAAAAGCAGCAGCUGCUGCGGCAGCAGCAGAAGCAGCAGCAGCAGCAGCUGCUGCUGUAGAGCAGCCACAUGCAGAAUCCGAACUUUGUGCUGCUGCUUCUGCUGUAGAUGCAGCUGCAAGAGCAGCAGCAGCAGCAGCAGCAGCAGCAGAUGCUGCUGAAGCUGAGCCGGGAGAAAUCAGGCAGCAGCAGCAACAGCAGCAGCAGCAGCAGCAGCAGCAGCACGUUCCGGAUGCAGCGUUGGAGACGCUGCAGCAGCAACAGGAACAUUUGCAGGCAUUUCUGCAGCAGCAGCAGCAGCAGAUGCAGCAGCUGCAGCAGCUGCUGCAGGCACAGUCAGCAGGCGGGGGGGAUAUGCGGCAGCAGCAGCUGGGUUCGCUGCAGCGCUUCGCGCAGCAGCAGCAGCUGCUGCUGCAGCAGUUGCAGGAGGAGCAGCUGCGGCUGCAGCAGCAAGUUGCAGAAGAAGAGAGGAAACGCGCAGAGCAGCGGCAGCAGCUGCUGCUGCAGCAGCUACAGCAGCAGCAGCAGCUGGAAUGCCGCAGCAGAGAGCAUCAAGCCCUGGAGUCGGGGCUGCAUGCAUUUUUCUUCUCUUCAGAUGAAGACGUAUCUGAUCACGACAGCAGCAGCUGCAGCAGCAGCAGCAGCAGCAGCAGCAGCAGCAGCGGCAGCAGCAGCAGCAGCAGCAGAGGAGUUGCAGCAGCAGCAGCAGGAGUUGCAGCAGCAGCAACAGCAACAGCAGCAGCAGCAGCAGCAGCAGCAGCAGCAGUGGAUACGUAG